AUGCGCAUUUUCGCCCUCCCUCUCGUCGCGCUCGCCAGCCUCUUGGUCAGCAGCUCCACCGAAUGCUCCUGCAACGGCCCCGACGCUCGCACUCAGCCGCCUGCCAAUGCCAUCGUCGGCGACCCCACGGGGGCGUACAGCGGCAGCUUCCGCAAUGUCUCGGAAGCUGUGGGCAACGUGCCCAACAAUACCGACGAGCACACCAUCUUCCUCUUCCCCGGUGUGUACCGCGAGCAAGUCCUCAUCUCCAAGUUGAACGGCCCCCUGGUGCUGCAGGGCUACACGUGCAACACGACGUCGUACGCCGCCAACGAGGUGACUAUUACUCACGCCAAGGCUCAGCGUGACAUUCCUCCCGAGAUUACUAGCGGUCGCAACGACCUGACCAGUACGCUGCGUCUGAAGACCAACAACGUCAAGGGCAAGGAGCUCUUCGCCCGCUCGUACAUUAGCGGUGACGUCGACUUCAUCUUCGGCACCAAGGCGGAGGCGUGGUUCGAGUCGUGCGACAUCGAGCCUGUCGGUCCGGGCUGCAUCACGGCUAACCGUCGUGUUAACGAGUCCAGCCCGUCCUUCUACGUGUUCAACAACGCGCGCGUCUUCAGCUCCAUCGGCAAUGGCACCGCGUACCUUGGCCGCCCGUGGCGUCCGUACUCGCGCGUUGUGUGGCAGAACAGCGAGCUCAGUGACGUGAUCCACCCGGACGGCUGGCAGCAGUGGAACAAGGACAAAAAAACGGCCAACCGCGUGUCCUUCAGCGGAGUUCUGGAUGCGCCGGUGCCGAUCACGCAAAUUCUUGGCGACAACUACACGAGCGAGUGGUACGUUGACCACAAGUUCUUGUAA